AUGGUAACUUUUUAUAUCAAAUUUAUACCUAAAGCAGCUGAAAUAUUACAUCCUUUGUACAGCUUACUAAAACAAAAUAACAGAUGGAUCUGGUCAGAGAAAUGUGAACAAGCCUUUAAGAAGAUAAAACAGGUUUUGACCUCUCGCCCAGUACUUACACAUUUCGAUCAAAAGCUUCCAUUGAGAUUGACAGUGGAUGCUUCAGCAAAAGCGGUGGGAGCUGUUUUGUCCCAUGUACUACCUGAAGGGGAACGGCCAAUCGCCUAUGCAUCGCAAGUGCUGAAUUCAGCCCAACAGAAGUAUCCAUCGAUCGAACGAGAGGCUUAUGCCAUUAUUUUUGGAUGCACAAAAUUUAAGGACUAUCUGUUCUGUAAAGAAUUUGAGUUGGUGACGGAUUACCGUCCACUGAUGUACAUUUUUGGAGCAAGAAAAAAACUCCCUGUCUAUGCGGCAAAUCGACUUCAACGAUGGGCAUAUCUCAUUUCAAAUUAUAAUUAUAGUAUAAAAUGUGUUAAAUCAAAAGACAACUGUGCAUACUACCUAUCUCGUAUAGACUGGGGUAAACAACCAGCGAUAGAUCCAUUGGAUGAAGUGAACUAUUUUCAUUUUGUGGCAGAAACAGUGCCAUUUAGAUUAGAUUGGAAGAAAAUAAAACAAGGGACAAGAAACGAUCCAGAGUUAUCAAGAGUGGUUGACAGUGUUGUUCAAGGCUAUCGAUUACCAAGAGAGAUAAAGUAUGAACCAUUCAUACGUCGAGAUAAAGAACUCACUGUGGAAAAAGGAUGUCUGAUGUGGGGUUACCGUGUGAUCAUCCCCCAGAAAUUUCGAGAAACAGUUCUACGAGAGCUUCAUGCAAAUCAUUUUGGAUCGACAAAGAUGAAGAGUCUAGCUCGCUCAUAUUUCUGGUGGCCUUCAUUGGAUAGCGACAUUGAAAAUAUAUCAAAAGAUUGUGAAGUUUGCUGCAGAUUUAGAGAAAACCCCCCAAAAUCCAUUCUUCAGCCAUGGUCAUGGCCAUCAACAACCUGGACAAGACUUCAUGUUGAUUUUUUAGGACCGAUCAACCGCAACCACUGUUGUCUAGUGGUAAUGGAUGCAACAUCAAAAUGGAUUGAGAAUUUUUUUGUAGUGUCAAUGACAGCAGCAGUUGUUAUAGAAAAACUGCAAGAAUUAUUUGCAAGGUUUGGAUUGCCAAGAGCAAUUACCAUAGAUGGAGCAAAGUGUUUCACUGGGAAAGAAUUUACUUCAUUUUUAGACAGUCUGGGAAUCGUCCAUUUAUGUGGAGCUCCUUUUCACCCUCAGACAAAUGGAGCAGCUGAAUCCGCAGUAAAUACCAUGAAACGGUGUAUUCAGAAAACGUUAGCUAGUAAAGAAAAUAUAAGUUUGAAGACUGCAGUGGACCUCUAUCUGUUCCAAUAUCGUAAUAUGGAACAUUAUGCAACAGGGGAGACACCUGCAAGUAUGCUACUAAAAAAACAACCAAGAACAAUUUUUACUCAAAUGCUUCCCUCAUCAGAAGGUACAUUUAAGUAUGAGGCAAAAAUGAUAAAAAACUCUGGUAGGAGAAAUCUCAUCCUGAAUAAGGAAGAUCAAAUCUGGGCAAAGGAUUUCAGAGAACAAAAACCUAAAUGGACUAAAGGAGUAGUUGUAAAAAGAUUAGGCAACCAAACGUUUUUAGUAAAGACUGAAGAAGGAAAGAUUUGGAAACGCCACACAAACCAACUGUGGCCAGGGUCAUCAAGAAAUUAUGAAAAAGAACAACAAGACGUUCAGAAAGAAAGGGUAGAUGAAGAAAGGUGGCCGUCAGGUGCAGAAGAAGAUGUAACCAACAACCCAGAGGAGAAUAGUACCAAACAAGAAACUGAGGAGGCAGAGGAUAAAGAAACAUCAUCAGAGAGGCUACCAGAACUAAUGAUGAAAACACCAAGGUUGCUUCGCCCAAGAGAGAAGUUAAAACCAGCAGUGCGGUAUUCUCCCUCGAGUGAGUGA